AAGGUCGUCACGGACUUGGUUGAACGCGGCCAACACGUGUGUCAGGCACCCGUCGCGACAGCCGUCGAACGCAGCGUCUCACACGUCACAAGUCCCCCAGGAUGGGCGACAGCAGUACAUCCAUUUGGUUUCACAGCCGACAACGACGACAGUCGAAACUAUUCAUCAAUACAUCCCUUACAUCUCGCCACCAACGCACAGUCAUUUAGAUCAUCGACACACUUACGUUUCUGUACCAUCGCAUAUUGCCUUAGCCGCACAACAUCCAGCUGACCCGGUAGUCUCACAGCCAGGUGAUACCCUCAAGAGCAGCCCUACUAGUCGGUCAACCACCAGCGUCACGAAGAACCCCGCAAAAACACGUCCCAGCAGCCACGUCACCCGUAAAUCGUGGUCCGGGAUAUUCCCGAGACCUCUGAAAAAGGGGAAGAAAAAAAUCAAUCACGAUCUUCGAGGCGACCAGCCCGGGGAAGAAGGUAGGAGCCAUCUGAGGAGCCGCUCCCAGGUGGACACUAUGGCUGAACUCAU